UAAGGGAGAUGGAGAGAAAAAAUGAAGAACAGAAAGAGAUGCAGAUGAAGGAGAAAAGACAGAGACUAAGGAAAAGAGAGAUGAACAUGGAAGAGGAGAAAUAGCAGCUGAACUCUGCCAAGUCUCUAUAUACAGUCUAUGAUUUUAUUUACCUUUUAUUGUGAAGGGUCAAGCCGGAAGUGCUGACGUUUCAGCUGUAGGUGACACAUUCAGAAAUCGUUAAGUGUCCCGUUAGUUCCGCUACAGUGAAGUUAAAGUGAUGUUUAAUCUUCAGGUGACUUCAACAACUAUGCAGCUUCUUGCUCUCGCGUGUCUCUGUCUCCUGACUCGGUCUGGAACAACGUUUGCUGAUGAACACGAGCCAGUGACCAUCAAAGUGAAUAAAAUGAGUGAUGUUAUUUUACCCUGUUCCCUCGGCACCAACGAGGACAUCGAGUCAAAACUCUUUGUUUGGAAGAAAAGUGGGCAGAAGGCCGUGUUCUACUAUGAUGAACAUGAUGGGUUUGGUUUAGGACGGUUCAAAGGUCGCGUCUCGCAUUUUCCAGAUGGACUAAAAUACGGCAACGCCUCCAUCAUCAUCAGAAACACAAAGUUGUCUGACAGUGGAAACUACAUCUGUGAUUUUCCACGUCUUCAGCCAAGACAAAAAUUCCACAUUCAGCUUGUUGUUGCGAUGCAGAAACAUCUGGAGUGUUUACCAGGCUUCAUGAUUAUGAAGGUUAUGAUGAAAUCUGUGUUCCUGCUAUCUGAGUGUAGUUCAGAGUGUGCUGAAUGUGCAGACCGUUGGAUUGAUCGAGUCAUCAUCACCUGGGAAAAAGAGAGAGAGAGAAGCCACUGAUCCUCAAAGUGAAAAAAGGGAGAGAUGUUGUUUUACCCUGUUCCCUCAGUAGCAAGGAGAACAUUGAGUUCAAACGCUUUGACUGGAAGAAAGAUGGUCAGAAGAAGGUCUUCCUGUAUGAUGUAGGAACUCAUUACAAUAACGGUCGUGCAGGUCAAGCAUGGCAGUUCAAAGGUCGCGUCUCACAUUUUCCAGAUGAACUGAAGUACGGCAACGCCUCCAUCACCAUCAGAAAUACAAAGGUGAUUGACAGUGGAGUCUACACCUGUGAUUUUCCUGAUCUUCAGCCAAGUCAAAUAAUCAACAUUCAGCUUGUUGUUGUUGUUGUUGGUGGUGAGUGCUUUCAUUAAACCGCUCGUUAACUGAUGUGACUGGGAAACUGGUUAUAAACCACUUUACCAAUCACCUCUGCACCUAUUUAGAUACAGCAGGUAUUGUCACCUGGUGGCCUGCGGGCAAUAUUCUGCCCGCCAAAGCUUCCCAUCCGGCCUGCAAAAUGUGGCUACAGAUGAAAGUAUUGCAACAAUUAUAUCUUUACAGUAUUAGGAAGUGUGCAUCUGUGGGGAAAUUCCUGGUAAAAUGUAUUUUAUUAAUUAAAUGUAAUUGUAUUAAGUUACCGCUAAUGCAAACUGAA